AUGUAAAAAAUUUAUGAUGACUAUAAGAGAUUCCAAAUGGACCUAGAAUUCGUAUAAUUGCUGGCCAACCCCUAAUACAUCUAUUAGCUAGCAACAAAACAAUAUUUUGAAGAUGAUCAAUUUGUCAAUUACUUGCAAUACUUAUUAUACUUCAAAAGACCUGAAUUUUUGAAGUACAUCAAAUAUCCUGUGUGCAUCAAAAUGUUAGACUGUUUAUAAAAUGAAGAAUUUCGAUUACAAAUGAAGGACAGGAAUUUUGCUGAUAAAAUCAGCAAAUAAAUUGAAGUGACAUUUUAAAUAUUAUAAAGUAAAUGAAUAUUCAUCUCCUC